AUGUCGUUGCGGACAAAGAUCAACGGCUUCACGUCGUGGGUGAACCUACGGCUGAAGCCCUAUAACAUGCUGAUGAACAAUGUCAUCAUGGACCUGCUGAAAGGAACCAACCUCAAGAUGUUGCUGCACAGCAUGACUGGCAUUGACAACAAGAAAUUGCAGAACUUUGACGGGAUGACACAGCAACAGAAAACCACGAGGGUAGAGUGGGUCGUCAAGGAGCUGAAAGAGUCGGAGGUCGUACCUGAUGAUCUCUUUGUGGAUUGUCGGCUGUUUGCCAUGAGACAUGCUGACCAUGUCUUUGAGUUGCUAUGGCGACUCUCCACCCACGACAUCUGGUUCACUUGGGAGCGGCUGGAAUUCCUGAUGCAUAACGACGAUAAGAUUCUGUGCGAGGUGCCCUUUGAGUGGACCCCAAGACCACCUCCAGAGAAGAAGAAAAAGAAGAAAGUCAAAUACAACAAGUCGCUUCUGUCUGGAUUCGGAGGGGCCUCGCUUGUCGCCGAAAAGCUUCCAUCAUCCCCAGAGCCAGCAGAGCCGUUGGUCAAGCAGCCCUCUCACGUCAAAUACCCCGGCGAGGAUUUCUGCAAGAAGUUCAAGCCCAGCAAGAAGUCUUGGCCCGUGCCAAGGCCCGAGGAUUGCAUCGUGGAGAUAAUCAACACGCUCUUGAAGACAUCGAGAGAAGGAAGCAAGCUGAAUGUGGAGAGUCUAGAUGACCUAGUGGACAGUCGUGUCCUGUGUGCCUUGGUCAAUGCCUUCGUCCCAGGGACUUUUACCACUGAGGUCAUGCUGAAUGACCGUUGGACGAUCAACCUUGCUCUCAGGACCUUUGACAAAUUGGUGCGCAUCGGCACGCCCGUCGAUUCCCAAGAUCUGGUUGAGGCUGAUACAAUGGCUGUAUGCACAUACAUGGCAGUCUUCUUCAUGUGCGGAUUCAAACUGCGACAGUCUAAAGCUGUGCUGGGCAGGCUGAAAGAGUUGGAGCAUUUGACCCGGGCCGCUAAGCACGAACUGGACGCUCUGCCCGAGAUUCUCAGCGACAUGGACAUGAUCCAGAAGCGUAAGACACUCAACGAAAGGCUGCAGAGCUACAACACAGAGGUGACCAAAAUUAAGAGCAAGUUUGACGUCAAGGCGUGUGAGGAUUGGAAGAAGCACAUCGUCGAUAUACAGGCCGAGACCCGAGAGAUUGUUUCCAAGAAAAUGAGGGACCGAUUCGACACGCUAACAAUACCAAGGGGAGUCACCAUCGGCGAUCUCUGCUUAUCCCUCGUCGUCAAUCUCAACCUGACCAACGGCUCGGGCUUUUACCUGUCCAGGGGGAGGGAGAUGGUCACGCCCGAUCGUCGUAUCGUCCUCCGUGAUCUCAGCACGGGGGAGUUCAUCGACGAUUUCACCCACGGCAAAGGCGUCAGUAAAUUUAACAUCCGGAAAAUGCUGGGUGUUGCCACGUUUGAUGUCGUUGAGAUAAAUCCAAGUGAUCACCCCCAGUUUGAGAUUUUCCUAGAGAGUCCCUCAAAGAACAAACUUCUCAAGACAGGAGCAGUUUUCUUGUAUCAGGUCUUUCCCGGCAACUUCUCCCAGUGGGAGCAGCUGUUCUUCAAAUCCUGCAAAGUCGGGGAGCUAGACAUCGUCCAGAAGAUGGUCGUCUUCUUCCGAGACAAGCGGCCGGGGUUCAUCAACGCCAAGGAGAAGAAGACUGGAAACACGGCGCUGCACAUGGCUGCCAGGAACGGACACUAUGAUAUUCUCCUGUUUCUGCUGGAGAAUGGCGCUCACAUCGAUGCCAGGAACGGAAACCUGGCGACUGCUUUCUUCAAUGCUGUGGAGGGCUUGAACAGAGGAAUAAGUCAGCUUUACCGAGUUAGUGAUGGGACAGGGAAUGCAGUCUACGCUCGCAGCAUGGGACAUCACAAUAAUGCAGCUGAGCUUUUGGUGGAGUGGGGUACCAAUAUUUACAUGAAGAACAAGCAGAGCAGGACAGCAUUUGACGUGGUGCGCAGUGACGAACAGAAGAACAGCAUCGUCGAGUACUAUGACCACCUUCAGGCCUGCAUACCCAAGCUGAUGAGAGGAGACACCCAGCUGCUCAAGAAGCUAGUGGAGGACCACGUGUCGGGGGUCAUGGGAUUCGCAAGCCUGAGGAGCAGGUGCAUCAACGGCAGCACCUUGCUGCACACAGCGGCCUACUUUGGAGUCAUCCCUGUCAUCAAGGAACUGCUUAAAGAGAGAGUGGAAGUCAACCUUCUGGACUACAAAGGUGCCACGCCACUCCACAGGGCACGGGAUCAAAAGACUAUCAGGCUUUUACUGGAGAGUGGUGCUGAACUGAAUGCAAUAGACUCGGAGGGCAACACGCCACUGCACGUCAAGUGCUACGGCGAGGCAGGCAAAGCUACACCCAUCGACUGCGUCAAAGAACUGCUCGCUGAGAAUAUCAACCUCGUCCACCGCAACAACAAGGAGCUGCUAGCCAUCCACUGCUGUGCCAUGCAGGGCCGCGUGGACGCCAUCCAGCUCCUGCUAGACUCAGACCCCACAGGCACCAUCCGGGACUGCCUGGAGAAAGAGGACCCCAAGUCCCCUCCCAGUCUGCUGCACCUGGCCCUAGCCAACGACUUCCUGGACUGCGGGGUGUGGCUGGUGGAGCAAGGCUUCAACUUCAAGGAGCACGAGCAGGACAUACUGGUGCAUAGGAUACUGACCGAGCAGAUUAAGAGCAAGCAGCGACUGGACAUGAUGAGGUUCUUGUUUGAGCACGGAGCAGACUUGGACCAGAGAUACACAGGCGGCAACACGCCCCUGCACUACGCUGCAGGCAUGACAGGACCCACGGACAUCCUGGAGCUGUUGAUUGAGUACGGCGCCGACGUGGACGCUGCUAACGAGGACAUCUGCUCGCCGCUGUUCUUUGCCACGCAGGCCAACAACUACUUCGGGGCCAGCAUGCUGCUGCAAGCAGGAGCCAACGUGAGACACAAGAACCUGCAAGGCCUGACAGCGUUUGACUGUAUCCUGGACUUUGAUGAGUGGUUGGAGUGCGGCUUCUUCACCGACGAAAUCAAAGCGCGACUCAAAGCCUACAGUCUGAAGCAUGCCCGAGACCUUGUCCGCGCCAUCACACAGAAGGUCAAAGGUAACCACGGAAAGGGUCUAUAUGCACAGGUCUCCGCCCUGUCUCUGGGUGGGGCAGGAGGAGGAGGAGGGGCCUCCCGUCAACGAAACCCCGCCCUCUCUGCCUCGAUGAGACAACGGAAGCUCAACAACAGUCCCAGUUCCCAGAUGAUGAGGGGUGGCAGCAUAGGGACACUCCCACCGUUGAGACCCAGAGGAUUCCUGACCAAAUGAGAUACAAAAGAAGCCACGCCCUUAUGCAAAAACCGUGCCUUUAAAAGCCACACCCUCUUUGAACUGUCAGGCAGUGAAAUAAACUCAACAGCCCCUGCUCCCAGAUGAUGAGGGGUGGCAGCAUUGGGACACUCCCACCCUUGAGACCUAGAGGAUUCCUGACCAACUGAGAUGUAACAAUAAGUCACACCCUUUUACAAAGCCGCGCCCCUCAUAAAAAACCACACCUCUUUUCAUUGUGUGACAAAGGAAGCUCAGUAACAGUCUCAGCUCCCCGACAAUGAGGUGUGAUAGCAACGGGACACUCCCACCCCUGAGCCCUGGAGAAUUCCUGACCAAACGAGCAACCAAAAAAUGCCACGCCCUCUGAUGAAGCCACACCCCUUUUUCAUUACGAGACAAAGAAAGUUCAACAGUCCCAGCUCCCAGAUGACACUCCCACCCUUGAGGCCUACAGUCUUCCUGAACAAAUGAGCUAUAACAAUAGGCCACGCCCUUUAAACAAAGCCACGCCUCUUAACGAAAGCCACGCCCUUUUAUGAGACAAAGAAAACUCAAUAACAGUUGCAUCUCCCUGAAAAUGAGAUGGAAACAUCAAAACAAUCGUCCCCUACACUAGAUAGCAGUGCUGUCUUUGCAAUAUUCCUACUGUCGUCACUUUUCAAUAAUUUCAAGAUUUGUUUGAAGCUUAAUGUACUUAUUCUAUAUUUUGUAAAUUUUGUUGGCAUCAAUUUUUAUUUAUAUAUAAUUUUUUUAUGAUGAAUAAAGUCUGUAUUCCAGAGUGUGACUACUUUUUUGUCUUUCUAAGGGUCAAAUGAACAAAACCUAUAAUAGAUGUGAAGUAAGAUUUGAGGCUUUGCAUGGUGGAGAUACUAAUAAAUGAAAGGUUUGUGGAAACACCAUGCGCGAAUAAUUUCUCAACUAAAGAGAAUGGUUCUGAAAAGAAGCAGAGGUAUAAACUCGACGUUCCGGUCAGUAUGCUCUGACCGUCUUCAGGAGAGUGCCUAAACUCUAAGAAAGUAAACACUUGGGUAGUAAAAGCGAAAUUGAUGAAGUGUGAAGUUGCAUCCUAGUGGAUUCACCUACAAUUUUUGCAAACAUGGUUUUUUUUGUUUUUUUUAUAUUUUCGGCAUUUGUCCGAGAGCUGAACUGCACCAUAUUCCAAAAUUUUAGUCUCUUUUAGUUCUUAAAUUUAUAUUUUCUUAAAAUAUUUAUAAGCUAAUUUCAAGCCGAGAACAAAACAGAGUUUUAUGACUUUUGCAUUGUGUGGAAAUGAUGUAUCUGUAAAUAGCUACAUGUAGUGCUAUUUAAAGUCGGGUUGAUAUUCUUGAUUACUAAA